UAACAAAUAAUGCCAUUUAAUUUUGAAUAGUGACUGUAUAGAAACAGGUUUUUUUUUUUUUUUUUUUUUUUUUGAGCCAAACAUCUUUUUCCCCUCAAUACAGAUUUUGUGAAGAAUGUUUGUAAGGAAUGUUUUCUUGCAAGCACAGUAAAUAUUUAUCUUUAAUAAUAAAUGUCUAUUCGUCUCAUUGAAUAAUUUGCUUAUAAUCUGUUGAUUCAUUCAAUCUAUAAUGAUUAUUCGUAAUUUUUGGAAUCAAUUAUAGGACAGUCCUGUACAUGUCUUUCAAUUCAUGUUAAAUUAAACCAUGCAAACUUAGGACUCUGACACACCAAAUCAUUUUUCACAUUUAACGUUAAUAUUAAAGAGAGCAGGAAAACAGAAUCAUUAACAUAAUCAAAAUGUAUAGAUUAAUAUAUAGUACUAUAUAAUAAAGCAGUGUUUUUUAAGCACCAUACUACACCAUAGUAGAUAUGCAUAUGUUUUUCUGAGUUACAUAAUGUCCUUUGGUCUAUCAGUAAGUGGUAGACUAUAAUACACAAACACACACACACAAUAAUAAAAUUAAAGGAUAAUUUGUAGGUCAAAAUUAACAGACAUACAGUAUAGCAACAUUUGCGAAAACGAUGAGUCAUUUGAUAAAGUAUGUAUGUUUUUAUUAUUUUGUUAUCUGAAGUGUGGUGGUGAGAUAAAGAGAAUUCAUUAUAUGUUCAUUACAUACAGUAUGUUAAUCUAAAGGGUUCAAAGUGCUGCAUAAUCAUCAUUAUUUGAACAGUACAUUCUGAAUGACUGCCUUAAAACAUUUUGAUAUAUAAUAAUAGACUGUUUUGACUUAUUAUUAAUUAAUUAAAUAUGUAAUCAUAUCAGGGCAUGGCAAUAAAAAUGAACACAUCUAAAUGCAAACAUCACUGUUGAUGUUGUGUUGAAUAAGAAUGUCAAGAGUUUUAUUACUAUGUGAGUGAGUGUGUGCAUGUGAGAUUUGAGUGACAGGGUGGUCUUUUUUGUGAUGUGGGGGGUAAGCGUGACAUUGUCCCCCCUUGCUGUCACGUGCUGUGGAAUAUGCUGGCUGCCUUUGUCAGCCUGUGACUCGUUCUGCUUUUCUGGCAGUUUCAUACAAUGGUGCCCUCAUGCACUAUGAUGUUAUCAAGUCCCUCACAGUACGACUGCUGGAAUUCAGGCCUGCAUGGAAGCAUCCUUACCUGGGACACAUGGAUAGCACAACCUUGAGACACAGCAAGCGCUCAUAGCAAAGAGGACUCAAAGGAGGAGUCAAAUAUCAGGAUGUCUCUCAGAAUAGAGGGGGCCCAGUGUGGUGGUGUUGCUGUGGAGUUUGACAAUGAUAAUGACAGAGAUUCACCUGUGAUCAAAGCCAGGAAUAUACCACGAUCAGCCCUCAUCUACCUCAAGGGCCCAAAGUUCCUCAUCUAUGUGAGCGGAGCGUUAUCUAUGUGGGGUGAUCGCAUGUGGCAUUUCGCCAUCUCUGUCUUCCUGAUUGAGCUGUAUGGGCAUAACCUGCUGUUAACUGGCAUCUUUGGACUGGUGGUGGCUGGAUCGGUGCUCUUACUAGGGGCUUUGAUUGGAGACUGGGUUGACCGCAACCCAAGAAACAAAGUGGCCCAUGGUUCCCUAUUUAUUCAGAAUAUCUCAGUGACUGUCUGCAGCAUCGUGCUUAUGUUGGUAUUCUCAUACAAAAAGCGGAUUGAGGAAAUCUGGGAUGGGUGGUUGACUGUAAUGGUUUGUUAUACGGUGGUGAUCGUCCUGGCAAAUGUGGCGAACCUCGCCAGCACAGCUCUCACCAUUGCCAUCCAGAGGGACUGGAUAGUGGUAAUCACAGGCUACAACCGUGGUCAUCUCGCAGGAAUGAAUGCUACAAUGAGGCGGAUUGAUCAGGUGACCAACAUCCUGGCUCCACUAGCAGUGGGUCAGGUAAUGACCCUGUCCUCUAAUGUGGUUGGCUGUGGCUUCAUCUUAGGAUGGAAUCUGGUGUCCCUCAUUGUAGAGUUCAUCUUCCUCUCCAGAGUCUACCGGAUCGUACCAUCAUUGUCCAUUAAGCCACCAGCUAUGGAACAUCAAAGCUAUUUAGAGAAGAAAAGAGAAAGAAAACGCUCACAAGGCAGGACCUCAGCAUGUCCAGCUGCUGCCAUCUCCGAGGAAACCACCAGCAUGCAUUUACAAGAAAUAAGCCGAACACCAGUGUGCCUUCAUCGGCUGCGUGGGCUCCUCAGCACCUGCCGGGAAGGAUGGAGGGCGUAUUACAGACAGCCUGUUUUCCUAGCCGGCCUGGGCCUGGCCUUCCUUUACACCACAGUGCUGGGCUUUGACUGCAUCACCACCGGCUACGCCUACACCCAGGGUAUUAGCGGCUCGUUGCUCAGCAUACUGAUGGCCGUGUCAGCUGUAGCAGGGCUUUUGGGUACUGUGCUUUUCACAAAGCUGCGGAAAACAUGUGGCCUGGUCAAUACUGGGAUCAUUUCCAGCGGUCUGCACCUAGUUUGCCUGUUGCUUUGUUUGUGCUCCGUGUUUGCCCCCGGUAGCCCAUUGGACCUCACUGUGCUAAAUAUCGGGAAUGUGUCAGAUGUGGGUGGGAUGACCGGAGGUCAUCAAAGGCACGGAUACCCACUGCGUGGAAGCAGCAACCAGCCUCUGCUGCCAGACCGUUCCUCCAUUCACUGGACCAAUAACACUGUGCUGUUUGAGAACAUGCCAGCAGGGACAGGACCCGAAUCUUAUGUCUCCAUCAUCCUGCUGUUCCUUGGAGUUAUUACAGCUCGAGUUGGUCUCUGGUCCUUUGACCUGACAGUGACUCAGCUCUUGCAGGAGACCAUAUGUGAAUCAGAGCGUGGGGUGGUGAAUGGAGUCCAGAGCUCCAUGAACUACCUGAUGGACUUGCUGCACUUCAUCAUGGUCAUCUCUGCACCCCAGCCACAACACUUCGGCAUCCUUGUCAUCAUCUCCAUCCUGUUCAUUUUCACGGGACACACCAUGUACUUCCUGUUUGCCAGAAAAGUCAAGAGGAAACCACAUACAAACACAUAACCCUGACAGCACACGUACAUCACGGAGACGUCUAUUUGACGUCUGCAUUUACAUCUGCAAGACGUAUUUUUUAGAGUGUUUGUUCAUCUGCAA